GACCUUUGGUGAAUUGGGUCUCAAGUAUUCUAUGUUUUUGAGCUUUUGUUUACCUAAGAGAAGUUAUCAUUUGAUACGGGGUUUUCACGCUGGGAAACACUUCUCAAACCCUAGUGCGGAGGAUAUUGUUUUUGGAGCUAUCUGUGUCAACAUCAAACAGAAGAGAUGGAAAUUCUUGGACCAAAUGUUGCCCAGUAUCACAAAUUCAUUGGUCAGUCGUGUUAUUUGCGAGUUUCAGAACUCGCCGCAGUUGGCUUUGCGAUUCUAUGACUGGGUUGGAAAGGAAAAGGGGUUUCAGAUCUCAUUAGAGUCUUGUUGCCCUGUGAUUCAUGUGUUGGUCAAGUCGAGGAGAUUUGAGGAUGCCUUAUCUCUCUUGGAAGACUUUAUGCAUAUUAAUGGGUUUUCUCCCUUGGAGAUAUUGGACGCUUUGCUUGAUAGUUAUGAAUCGUUUGAUGCGGAUCCAGCAGUGUUCGACACAUUAGUGAGGGCUUGUUCUGAAACUGGGGCUAUUGACGUUGCCUAUGAAGUAAUCAAGAAGCUGCAAGUGAAAGGCAUUUGGGUGACAAUUCAUGCAUGGAAUAACUUUUUAAAUCAUCUGGUAAAGUUGAAUGAGAUUGAUAGAUUUUGGAGAUGUUACAGGGAAAUGCUUUCCUACGGGUAUAUUGAAAACGUGAAUACCCUAAAUUUAGUGAUUUAUGCUUUUUGUAAGGAAUGCAAAUUAUUAGAAGCAAUAUCAGUAUUUUAUCGAAUGUUGAAGAGUAAUAUUCAGCCUAAUGUUGUGACUUUUAACAUUAUCAUAGAUGGAGCUUGCACUAUGGGGGACAUGGAAGUUGCAUUGAAGCUUGUUAGGAAGAUGGGAAUGAUGUCAUGGGAUAGAGUUAUACCCAAUAUAAUAACGUACAAUUGUCUUAUCAAAGGGUUUAGCAAAAUACAGAGACUGGAAGCAGCUAAAGAAGUGAGGGAUGAAAUGGUCAAGAUGGGUAUCCAGCCCAAUGUAAGGACCUAUGCAACUUUGAUUGAUGGCUAUUCACGAAUGGGGAGUUUAGAUAAGGCGCUCAACUUGUGUGAUGAAAUGGUGGAAUGCGGAAUUCCACCCAAUGCUGUUGUGUACAAUUCAAUCAUCAAUUGGUUUUAUGAGGAAGGGGAUAUCCAUGGAGCUUCAUUCCUGUUGUCUGACAUGGUUGAUAAACAAGUAUGCCCUGAUCAAUUCACAUACUCUAUCCUCACAAAGGGUCUUUGCCGUAAUGGACAUGUGACUAAGGCCUUAAACUUUCUUCGCAGGGUUCUAGAUAAGAAUGUUGUUGAAGAGGCAUUUCCUUACAAUAUUCUGAUCCAUUAUAUGUGCAGAAACAGGAAUUUGGAGGGUGCCAAGCAACUUUUAGCCAGUAUGUUUGUUCGGGGAUUAAUUCCUGAUCCGGUUACAUAUGGGACUCUGGUUGAUGGAUACUGCAAGGAAGGGAAAAUAGAGAGUGCAGUUCGGGUGUAUGACAAAAUGAUAACGAUGGGGGAAAAACCUAAUUUGGUAAUUUACAAUUCUAUUUUAAGUGGUUUAUGCAAAGGCGUGUCAGUGGAUGUUGCAAAACUUAUGGUAGAUGCACUACAAAAGAUGGGUAUGCUUGACGCUAUAAGCUAUAACUCUUUGAUGCAUGGGUAUUGCAUUAGCAGGCAGGUUGAUGAGGCGUUUGCUUUGUCUGAGGAAAUGAGAAGUACUGGAAUCUUAAUGAGCAGGGUCACCUACAAUAUAUUGAUAAACUGUUUGUGCAAGUUUGGGUGUAUUCAACAGGCAAAAGAACUUGUAGACAUGAUGGUUGUGCAGGGCAUACUUCCUAAUAAUAUAACUUACACUACUCUUAUCACCAGUUCCUAUAAGAACAGCACUCCGGAGGAAAUCAUCGAGUUGCAUGAUUUUAUGCUCCUUAAGGGUGUAAAUCCUGAUAGCCAAACUUACAAUGCCAUUGUUAGCCCUCUUCUUCAAGAUGAAAAGCACUGAGUUUCAAGUCUUAAAGUGAUGAAUGAGCUUCAUUGGUACCCAGCAUGGGUACAAACUGAACUCGAAAAGGUAAACGAUCUCACAGGAUUUCGGUUCACUUGCCUGAAUGCCACAAAUCCUGAUCGCGGAAUGAUUUUCUUGGGCCUUACCUAUUAAUCAUUCAUGCAAGUGAGCACGACAUCAGUUGGGAACGCGUUUUAACCCAUACAGUGAACCCUUUUUCACAAGACAGUCUUCCCUACCAAGACAAUGAUGACCUUCAACAAUAGAAUGAGGGCGCUUCACAUCAUCUGCUGAAUUUCUCUGAUGCUGCAUUGAUAUUGAUACAAUAUGAAAUUCAGACCAAUGGAGUUGCUGGUAGGAAAUCUGUGGCCCUUGAAGCUUUGGAACUUCCUCCUCUAUUGGCUCAUCAGUACUCCCAAAGCAGCUGACUGCGACACAUUUCAGGAUUGGCUGAAUGUUAGAUGCUGUAAAUUCUGUGCCAGGGAUUUGGAAUUGAGCUCCAAUGUUCAGUUGCAAGUGAUGUGUUAAUGAGAGUAAGACAUUUACUGCAUCAAAUUUUUGGUUUUGUAAUAUUAGAUAUUUCUAUUGCUGGUCAGCCUAGUAAAUUUGCAAUGCAAAGCA